CAGAGGUGAGAGACAUGGUGUCGUCACCACUGCACAAUGCUGGGUAAAUGUUUCAUAUUUGUUCGACCUCCUGACUCACCAGUGUGUUUGUUCAUCCACAGAGGUCUGGGAUCAGACGUCAAGUGGACCAACCUUAACCCACAGAAGAUCCUGGACAAUAUGAGAGCGUUUGAGAGAUAUGAGAGUGUCUUCCCUUUCUCCUCCUUCGCUGCCUUUAUGAAGAGGGCUGGCAUCACCACAGCCUACCAGGAGAAGCCGUGUUUGGAUCCCACUGACCCGCUGUGUCCGGAUUCAGCACCCAACAAACACUCUAAACAGCCGCCGGACGUCGGGGCGGAGUUGACUGGAGGUUGUUACGGCUUCGCUGGCAACUAUAUGCACUGGCCGGAGGACCUAGUUGUCGGCGCCACCACCACCAACAAGACAGGUCACAUUGUCAGGGCUGAGGCACUGCAGAGUAUGGUGCAGCUGAUGGGAGCCAAGAACAUGUACGAGUACUGGCUGGACCACUACCGGCUGCACCACGUCGACUGGUCGCAGGAGAAGGCUGAGCUCAUCCUGCGCGAGUGGCAGAAUAAGUUUACGCAGGAGGUGGUGAAGGAGACACAGCGGCUACACAACGAGACUAGAGCCUACCACCACCUGCCCUUCUCCAGCGCCGCUCUCGACCACCUCCUCAGGGACUUCUCAGAGGUGCCCGCCUCCAGGGUCGCCCUCGGCUACGUCUUCAUGGUGGUGUACGCCUGCGUCUCCCUGACGCAUCUCUCUGACUCGGUGAGGUCAGCAGGAGGCCUGGGUCUGGCUGGGGUGCUGCUGGUGGCCGUGACAGUGGCUGCUGGCCUGGGCUUCUGCGCCCUCUUGGGUCUUGCCUUCAACGCCUCCACCACGCAGGUGCUGCCCUUCCUGGCUCUCGGGCUGGGCGUCGAUGACAUGUUCCUCCUGGCGCACACCUUCGUCCAGACCGCUGACAACACCCUUAUCCCCUACCAGGUGAGUCGCGGAGUCCCAUCUUUAUGUUUCAGAAGACUUGUCCAGGUGUCACCUUCCCCUUAUCACCAAGAUACUCCUUGUACUGCUAGUCCUCGAAAGUGGAAUCAAGUGUAUUACGAAGAAGAAGAAGAAGAACAUAAGAACGAAGGAACAUGCAGAAGCCCAAUGGUCCCACAUGCGAGGCAGGUCCAAAUCCGGCUGGUCGAUGCAGAGGGCAUCAUCAACCCAAAGGCAUUCUAUAACUACUUGACGGCUUGGGUGAGCAACGAUGCUCUAGCCUACAGCGCCUCGCAGGCUGACCUGCGACCUGAGCCCAGACACUGGUCUCAUGACAGAUACGACCGUGGCCUGAAGAUACCCAAAAGUCAACCACUGGUGUACACCCAGCUGCCAUUCUACCUGCACCAGCUGGGCGACACUGACACCAUCACCAACAUGAUCAACCAGGUGCGCACCAUCUGCCGCAGGUUCCAGGAGAAGGGGCUACCCAACUUCCCCACAGGAGUACCCUUCACAUUCUGGGAGCAAUAUAUAAAGCUCAGAUUCUACCUGGUGCUGGCGCUGCUGGCGGUGCUAACGGCGGUGUUCCUGGUGCUGUCGGUGGUGCUGAUGAACGUGUGGGCGGCGGCACUGGUGGUGCUGCUGCUUGCCACACUGGUGCUUCAGCUGUUCGGAGUGCUGGGCGUGGUGGGCGUGAAGCUGUCUGCUGUGCCCGCCGUGCUGCUCAUCGUCAGCGUGGGCGUGGGCGUGGAGUUCUGCGUGCACGUGACCGUGGGCUUCCUGACGGCGGUGGGCGGCAGGGAUCGGCGGGUGAUCCUGGCCGUGCAGCACAUGGCAGCUCCCGUGCUGCAUGGUGCAGCAUCCACUCUCCUAGCAUCCAUCAUGCUGCUCUUCUCGGAGUUUGAGUUUAUCAGAAGAUAUUUCUUCUUCGUGUUGCUGGCGCUGACGGUGCUGGGGGUGCUGGACGGCUUAGUCUUCCUGCCGGUGCUGCUCUCCCUGGUGGGUCCUCCUGCAGAAGUGGUGCCCCGCAAUCACCCAGAUCGCCUCCCGACGCCCACGCCGCCACCCUCGCCUCAGCCCGUCCACGCCCACUCCCACAGCGGAUCGUCCCGCCGGAGCUCGGGUCGGGGCGCCUCUGGCGGGAGGAGUUGUCGCCGCUCGAGUAGUGGAGGUGGAGGAGGGUCGUCCCUCUACCCGCGCCUCCACGGCUCUAACCUCUCCCUCACCACCAUCACGGAGGAACCCUCGUCGUCCACGCGGUCGUCGCAGUCGCUCAGGUCGUCACACGAGAUCGUGGUGGAGCCCCAGGUCGUGGUGGAGACGACGACUUCACCGUCGACGACCUACCCGGGGGAGGGCCACCACGACCACCACGUCACUACCAAAGUGACAGCCACAGCCAAGGUCAAGGUGGAGCUACACACGCCUCUCCCUGGAGCUGUUGAGCCGACCUACCGCAGCAGCAGCAGCAGCAGCAGCAGCAGUAGCAACAACAACAGCGGCACCAGACGCAGCAGUCAGCGGAGUGGUAACAGCAGAAGUGGGUACGGAGGGGCGGCCAGUAACACCGCCUCGGCGUCUCUCACCUCCAGCUCCUCCUCCAGUGGUGGUGGUGCAGCCACUUCCUCCUCCACCUCGUCCUCCAAAGGAUCUUCAGACGUGGAUGAGGACACUUUCCCCAAGUGAAGGUGUGCUUCCGCCUCGUCCGUAUGGUGCUACCGGGCCCUCCAGCAGGAAGCCUAAGCCAAAAUCAAACCAGUCGAACCUCAGUUACUCCACUCGUCAAAGAAACUGCUUCUGUGCCUGCCAGCGCCUUCUCGUGGGAGGUGAAGUACUGUGACCUCUUCUGUCCUCACUGAACGAAUGGUUCCCACUAAGUCAUCAGUAGAUUUGAUCUUACACGCUGAGACAGACGGAUGCCUUCAGCCUCACCUACCUCCUGACCUGGAAUCCUCACCUCUUCGAGGUCCACGUUUGAUAUCAGAUGAUGAAGUGAUCAUGAAGUGACCGAUGCUCACCUCACCUCUCCCAUUAAAGAUGUGCUACGUUGUGUUGCAGAUGGCGCUCCAGUUUGCAAGACGAGCCACGUUCAUGAUGACGAAGUAUCUGAGACAUUUUGUCAUUCCUCGACAUGCUUGUCCACCAUUGUUGUGGAGUACAGUGUUGCAGGGAUCAAGCAGCCUCCCAGACCUACAUAUUCAACUGCCAAUUAUAUGAUUCCUUAAUUCCGUAACAAGGAGGUGUGUCAUAACAGUAUUAAGACAAAAUAAUGAACUUUUUUCCCUCUCAUUUAAUGUCCGCUCUGUUGUACUGUAUAGUUACACAAAGACUGAAGUUUACAAGACUCGUCUCUGUAUUUAUUACCUUAUGUUUUAAUUCUGGGAAAUUGUGUUUGCCUUUUAUUUUGUUUUUAUUUGUUAUAGGCAAGAACUGCAGUUGCGUUGUUAUUCAAAUGGUCAGUAUUUGUGGAAAGUGUUCAGUGAAGUACCUGUUUCUUUGCUCCCAUAAGAUGUUCGAUGUAUAAAAAUUUUUAUUUAUGGAAGUGAAGUUUUCAUAGAACGAAGUUGAAUAAGACGACGGUGGUGUGAACUGCCUCCUAUCUGUCACCUGCUGAACAAAAUUUGAAGACUUUCUGGUCACCAACCUGACGUGGACAAAGACAGUGUCAGAGAAGUGAUAGUGUUUUUCUUCUCAGUGCUACGUGUGUUGAAAUGAAGUAUAGACAAUAAGUGUUCGCACAUGUCCGCUAGCACGUAGUAUGUUGUGAGUCACUUGUCUCGAUCACCUACCGCAGUGACCCCAUGAACGCUGACUGACCCUCUGCAGAUUAGAACACCUUUUUGGUUUGUGUGCAACACUUGAAGACGUGAAGUGCAGUGUGACUCAGUGGCACGAAGCUAUCAAUUUAUACCUCAGUACUGUAAGAGGACACUAGAUGUGCGUAGCUCAUCUCGCAAGGCCAGUGGAUAUAUACAAUUGAGAUUAUUUAAUUUUUAUCACGUCUUGGAGAUGAGUCACGCAGUUCUCCCCUUCCUCAGCUCUUAUGCCGUACGAGAUCCUCCUGCAGGAAUGGUCGUGGGGCGUGCGGGCGUGUACAGUCAGACGUGGGCAGCCAAGGACCAUAGCGGGUGUGGUGUAACGUCCAUCGGGGCCACUACCAGCCGGAACACAUUCCCAGCCCUGACCACACCUCCCAUGCACAUACCAGAGUCUGCCUUAAAGUAUCCCUAGAGAGCCAUCCUUGUUAAUACUCAAAGUUGGUAUUGGAGAAGAUAACCAGUUACUUUGUAGCUUUUGGCUGCCAUGCAAAUUUACCAUCAGACACACUAUAUUAGUCAUGCGAGUGAAAAAUGUGCGUAUAUUGUUGGCUAUUGUACAAAAAAAAACCCGCCAUAUUAUAAGUGAGACUAAUACUUAUAUUGGUGUUGUGAAGAUUUAAACACAGCUCUCUCUCCCGCCUGGGCGUUAAUAUUGAUAGGUUGUCCUCCAUCAGAAUUAAGAAGUGUGUGUGGUAUGUGUGUUGGGAGGUUUGUGUGCUGUGGUUUGUGAUGUGUCAGUGCUGUCACUUGUGCAUGUAUGUGUGCCUCUUAAAUGAAAAAUAUUGUGUGUAUCGUUUCAUUAAAUUAUUGUACAAUAAAGUUUAGCACCCACAGUGUGAGUCAGUGUCAUUAUCUGUGAAGAGUUUCACUGAUGUGUGUACGUGUGUGUAGAGUAUGUUAUGUACGUGCGGACAAGGAGUGGUGGCUGGUUAGGUAGGUUAAUUUACUGGUUAAAUUUUUUUUAUGUAUCUCAGAUGUGUUUGUUUAUUUUUGUAAUGAUCUUGUGGUUGGUAUUGUAUUAUUUAUCGUAGUAUAUAUUAUAUCGUGAUGAGCUGCCAGGUGGGCCUGGCUUCAAGUGUGUGUAGGAGGCCAGGAAAAGUAACAAGAUGCACCUCAGGACUAGGUUAGCUACAGUAUCCACUCCCACCUCUCACACCUUCGAAAUUUUGCUUGCAGUGGAAAUAACUGACACCAGGUUUCUCGAAAGCGAGAGAAAAAAAAAUCUUCAAAUUUUACCUCUUUCAUUAUGUUUUGACCUAUACCGGGACUCAGAGUGAAGUCAUAUUGUUGGGCCUUAUUGAGUUGAAAGGUGUAUGUUUUAGUGGCCCUUAACAGCCCUCCAGUAACAACUCCUCCAGUAACAACCCCUAUAGUAACAACCUCUCCAGUGAUAACCUCUCCAUUAACAACCCCAUCAGUAGCAACCCCACCAGUAACAACCCCUCAAGUAAUAACACCUCCAGUAACAACCCUACUAGUAACAACCCCUCAAUAACAACCCCCUCAGUAGCAAUCAUCCAAUAACAACCCCUCCAGUAACAACUCAGUAACAACCACCAGUAACAACCCCCAGUAACAACCCUCAACCUCCAGUAACAGCCAUCCCAGUAACAACCCCCAGUACCAACCCUCCCAAUAACAACCCCAGUAACAACCCCUAGUAACAACCCUCAUUAGCAACCCUCAGUAACCCCCAGUAACAACCCUUCCAGUAUCAAUCCUCCCAGUAACAACUCCCAGUACCAAGCCCAGUAACAAACCCGAGUACCAACCGCAGUAAACAACCCCAAGUAACAACCCCUGAUAACCUUCCCAGUAAUAACCCCCAGUAAAAAACCCUCCCAGUAACAACCCUCUAGUAACCCCAGUAACAACCCCCGGUAACAACCCUCCCAGUAACAAUCCUCUAGUAACAACCCCCAGUAACAACCUCAGUAACAACCCUCAACAGCCUCCAGUAACAGCCAUCCCAGUAAUAACCCUACAGUAACAACCCUACAGUAACAACCCCAGUGACAACCUCAGUAACAACCCCCAGUAACAACCCGUUCCCAGUAACAACCCCCAAUGACAACCCCCAGUAACAACCCCCAGUAACAAACCCCCAGUAACAACCUACCCCCAGUAACAAACCCCAGUAACAACCCCCUGUAACAAACCCCUAUAAACCCGUCCCCAGUAACAACCCCAGUGACAACCCCCAGUAACAACCCCCAGUAA